GUUAUCUAUUUCCAGCAGAGCAUUGAGCAACGAAAACUGAAACUUGUUUUGAUUCUUCAAGAACCCCAAAAGAAAAGCUGGUUUCAGUGAGUCAACUGAGUUAACUGCACGAUGGCAGAACGAAUCCACCCGGCUGAUUCUCCACCCACCUCCGGCGAACACCCAACGCCGAAAUCAGCAACCUCGUCCCCCGAGAAACCUGUUCCACAACCUGGAACUUACGUCAUCCAAAUUCCCAAGGACCAAAUCUACCGCGUCCCUCCGCCGGAGAACGCGCGCCGAUAUGAGCAUCUAUCCAAACGGAAAGCUCGUCGUAGUACCUGUCGCAGCUGCUGUUGCUGUUUGUUGAUUACCAUCCUCGUUCUCCUCCUGACCGCCGCCAUUGCUGCCGCGGUGAUUUACUUUGUUUUCAAGCCCGAGUCUCCAAAUUACUCAGUCGAUAACGUUGCCAUCAGGGGAUUCAACUUGACGUCAUCAUCGCCGCUAUCGCCUGAAUUCGACGUCACCGUCCGGGCACACAAUCCCAACGAUAAAAUUGGUAUUUACUACGAGAAAGGCAGCUCCGUUAGAGUUUACUACGAAGAUAUUAACCUCUGUACCGGUGCGUUGCCGGCCUUUUACCAGCCGACGAAUAACGUAACGUUGUUUAGAACGGCUUUAAAGGGCUCUACAAUUGAACUAACCAACGGCGCGCUUAGGUCUCUUUCCGACCAGCAAAACAGAGGAGUGGUGCCAUUUAUUUUGAGGUUGAGAGUGCCUGUUAAGAUCAAAGUGGGGUCCGUUAAGACGUGGAAGAUUACCGUUAAAGUGAAGUGUAAGAUAACGGUGGACAGGUUAGCGGCGGCGGCCAGGACUGUGUCAAAGGAUUGUGAUUAUGGAGUGGAUCUUUGGUAAUGAUUGGAAUACGAGCAGGGAUAGUGCUCCAUGAAUAUAAU